AGCAAAAAUCAUUGCAUAAUACACACACACAACACACAAUCAUUGCUGCCAACAGUAACGCCAGAACAUCGUGGGGUUAUUUAUGUUCGACCUCUUCAUCCUUUUGGGGUUUCACGCAACAAGAGUCGACGAACGAGCGCACGCACGCACGCCCCGCCACGUGCGCUCGUCAUCAUCCAGCGUGCCGAGCGCGUCCUUUUCGAGUGGUUUGCCUUCGCAGAGUUGCGUCAAGCGGAGGAGGGAGAAAGGGAGUGGGUAAGAGCGAGAAUGGUGCAGCCCCGCCAGACGUUUUGUUACCACAUAGCACCGCGUUGAGAGAGGAGGGAGGAGGCGGCGCUUACAAUUGUGGCCGCGCAGAGCGUCCGCGUUGUGCCGUGAGCCGGGGAAGACCGAGCAAGGCAGAGGGAGCGAGGGAUUUUUCCCUCUUACAACUCGCUUCUUCCACCUCGCUCGGCAACGGCAGCAGCAGCAGCAGCAACGACAACAGCAAUAGAAAGAAGACGUUUCACUUUCUUUCCCUGCGGGCUGCGUUCGUCUAACAAAUGCUGAUUAUGACGGAUUUGGCCAGAGAUGACGGAUGUUGAGCCAGCGUCUCUGUCGGAUUUCGCGGCGUCGGGCAGGUCGGGGCGGCGUAACGCCCUGCCGGACAUCCUGGGCUCCCCAUCUGGUGCCUCGUCUGGCGAGCUGCCCCUCAAACUCGCCGAGCUCACCGUGACCGCAGAGGGUGCGUCGCAGGAGGCCCAGACGCCAACCCUGGAGGAUCCUGUGGUGGGCAACGAUGGAAAUGGAGGCGACAAGGAGUGAGGACGACUGCCUGCCUACAGCCACGCCAACCUGAGCACGGCCGAGCCUGCGACGCCCCGAACAACCAGGAUGGAACGCAAUCAAACCUGACCCGCUCGCUUUGGUUCCUUUUUCUCCUAAUCGUAGCGUAGGCUUCAUGAUUGUACCAACUGUGUGAGGAGGGGAAAGGUAAUUUCCUGCAGGUGAGGAGGUGGCUCUAUAGCUUGAGACACCGGGGCAGUUCGACCGCUACGGUUUUUGGAAACAUCGUGCCGAAUGUAAAGCGUCGGGAGUCGAGUGGGAGGCACAGCGAUUCCCGAUGCCUUCGCUGAAAAUAGAUCGCAGGCAGUGCUUACAUGCUGACGGCAUGAUCAGUGUGUGUACAUUGCAUAAGGAAAAUAUUUUAUACAUUUUGAAUUGAACGUUAGGUUUUUAAGGAAAAAUAUAUUAAACAAUUUACGAGAAGAAGACAUUUUUUUCCUUGGGAGUAUUUAGGGUAUUAUCACUGUGUUGGAAGUAGGGUUAUAUGGUUGAUUUUGAUGGCAACCAAUGCACUGUACAACCAAUGCAGGUGGUGGAAUCAAACCCUUUGCUGAGUUUCCUCGGAGAGAGAGCAAAGAGAGGAGGCUAGAAUUCACUUAAAAUGUAAAAAAAAGCCGGAUUUUCACAAAUGUUUGUUGCAUAAUAAUAUGUGUUGUUUUUCCCCAUUGUAAUUUUCGAACAGUUGUGGCAAAUACAUAACGGGCAAUGACACAAGCUUAAGGAAUUAUGUGUAUAGUUAUAGUGUGCGUGCAGACCACUUUCUAACGUUGAGGAAAUUCUACCCCUGAGAGAGUUACAUGAUAUCUGGAUUAAAGAGCAUAGAGAUGAGCCUCAUGAUGAUCCUGGUAUUAGGCCGAAAUUACCGUGUAGUGCUUUGGACCUUGGUUUCUAAACCUUUUGACUUACCACAAGCAUUCAAGCAUUGUCAACAAUUACAAACAAAUUUAGUUCUAAAACCAGUGUAAAAAUUUGUUCACAUUACAAUUCACAAGCACCAAAACUGAAAACAAAGAGAUUUACUUCAACUAAUUUUAAGUAAUAAUCAUAAUGCAGAAUCUUAAGCAACUCAUUCUUGAAAAUCCAGCGAAUGACUUUUACCAUUCCAACAAUUGUGUUGCCGUUAGAACUACUAUACUACUAUACCAGAUGUAAAUGAGAGACAGAUAAGAGUAAUUUUGUGUUUGUUCAGAUAAUUGUGGGUUUGUGAAAGAAAGGUCACAAGUGGUGUGAUUUUUGUUUAAAGUUUUAAAUCAGCUGUAUAAUAAUCAUACCGAGUGUGUAAAGGCAAAUGCAAACUGUUUGAGUAUAACUGUCCGUGUGCUUAUAAACUGUGACGCUUACUAGUGUGACAGCCACAAGUGUCCAUCAUGGAAGCAUUGAUUUGAAUAAGCACAACUCAUCAUCAUCGGCACACAUGGAGUCAAGCGUGCGCCGUUCCCGUUUUCCCAAAAUCACUGUUGUGCUUGCUGAUUUCAGUGACUAAGAGAUCAAACGGCAGCAACCAAAUAUGCGAUGCACAGUGUGGCAUUGACAUCUAACGAUGCAGUGGAUACAUUUUUCACAAAGAGGGAAAGUUUCCAAACAUUGAGGCCCCCUUCAACUCGACUUUGGCCGCAAUGCCUCGUUUAUAAAGGGACAUAAAAUCAUGUAAUGCUAUUAAUUUGUUAUCAUUUUGGUGUAAUCAUUCACUACGCAGACUACUGCUAAUUGUGGAAAACCACAUUUUUGUGAACCUGGAGACUGUCCUUAUUGCUCAAUUACAUAAGUAUGCACAGCAGGAAUCCUACUUAUCUGUGGUGAUGUGAGUGACGAACGUCACCAAAAUUCCAUUAUCUGCAAUGUUAUCUGUGAAAUUACUCCCAUUUAUCUGCGAAAAGAAAUCAAUCGUGUGUAGAAUCCGUGGAUAAUAGGAUGAAUUGCCAUGCUUCACUUAUUCAUAUAAUGUGAAAGUAGGAAGCUUUUGCAAUGGAUGGUGGCAGGUGAGAAUAGGGGGAAUUAAUUUGUUGGUAUUUUAGUGCGGACUCUAUAGGUCUUGCGGAUAAUUGGAGUUGCAGAUAAUAGGGCUGUGGAUAAGUGGUAUUUGAAGUUGUGUAAAAUACUAAAAUGCAACUAUAUGAGUCGUUUGUAGCCAUGUUAGCAGAUGUAUUGGUAUAGUACUGUCUACAUAACAUAAACCAGUGGUACAAGUUAAACAAAAAUCGUCACCAUUUUUCGACACUUUUUUUCGACUAAACUUGUCUUGCAUAUUUAACUAAAUUGUGAUGUUGGUGUAGAGUUUUGUUUUAAAUACUGCUUUAAGCUAUUUGCUUAAUCUUUAUAUCAAGUUAUCUUUAUUAUCUUGACCGCAUAUUAAAUUUGACUCGUGUAGUUGUCAA